AUGCUUACUAGCAAUGAAAAUAAAAUAAAAUACUUAAAAGAAAUUUUAUACAGAGAAAAAAGUAAAAAAGUAUAUAAACAUAUAUAUUAUACAAACAAUAAUAAGAAUCGGUUCAAAAAUAUAGGAUACUCAAAAAAUAUCUACUAUAAUAAUGCAUAUAAAGAAAGGGUAGUUUUUUUAUAUAAAAAUAAAACAUUAAUACAAAUAAUUAGAGCAAUUAAAUCUGAACAGUCUGUUUUUUUACCGACUUAUAAGCAAAAUGGGCUUUAUAAAAAUAUAGUCCCUACCCAAUUUAAUGUCAAUCAUGAAACCAGGAUAAACAAUGCACAACCUAUCCUUAAAGCAAACCAAAAUUUGAAUAAAAUAAAUAAAUAUGUGGCAAAAACAAAUAAACUGUGCGAUGACGACUCCAAAUUUGAGGUACCCCAAAUUAAGGAUGGGGGGAAUGGAAAAAAGACGGAGAGGGAGAGUAAAAAUAUGCUUAUUAUUAAUAAAUAUAUAGAAAGACAUGAAAAAAAUGAAAAUAAAAAAAAUAAAUUAAUAAUAAAAUAUGAUCUCAAUAAUUUAAAUAAUAUUAUGUUAAUAUUAAAAAAAUGUCAAGAAUACAAUUAUAUUAAUUACACACUAUUUGAAGAUAUAACAAACACGUUAAUAUUAUAUAUAAAAGAAAAAUAUAAAAAUGUAGAUUUAAAAAAAAUAAUAAAAAUAUCUAAUAAUUUUAUAAAAUUUAAAUAUUAUAAUGAAAACUAUAACAAUUAUUUAUUUAUGUUUUUAGCCACUAGACAAAUAAUAAGCAACAUAGACUUGAUAGAUAUAUUAUAUAUAAUUAAAAAAAACGGAAAUCAAAUAAAUAAUUUAUAUGCCUUAUUAAUAUAUAAAAUAAAUUUUAUAAUUAUUCAUAGAUUAUAUUCUUUUUCCUUAUAUGAAUUAUAUAAUAUUUUAAAUUUUUAUGCUCAAAUAAAUAAAUAUAUUUCCAUAUUUAAAGAAAAGGAAGAGGGAGUAUAUAAAAAAGGUCACCCAAUUUAUAAAACCUCAUUAAGUUGUGAAAAAAAAAAAUGUGUAAAAUCUUCAGAAAAUUUUAAAUAUUUUUAUAAAAUUGAAAGUGAUAUCAUAGACAAUUACAAAUAUGAAAUGGAGGUAACCAAAAAGAAUUCUAUAAAUUUUAUAUUUUAUAUGAUAAACCUUUUGAAUAAUAAACAGAUUAAUAUAGACCAACUAGUUCGUGUUAUAAAUAUUCCUGACUGUGUCAAUGAGCCUUUUUAUUUAUACAUAACAAACAAAAUAAGCAAUUUUUUCAUAAACAAAAUAAAAAAUGAAUAUGUAAUAUAUAAUAGAAGUGAGAGAAAACGGUUGUACAAAGUAAGAGACAACCUUUUGCAAAAAAGGGAAUCUAUAACGGAAAAAAAUGAAAAAAACAAUCUUAAUCUCAAAGUUGUAAAACCCAAAUCAACACAACUUAGUUUGAUAAGCAAAAUGAAAAAAAAAAAAAUAAACGCAAGAAUGUUUAUACCUCUUCUAAGAAUCCAAAAUAGUAUAUGUAAUAAUAAGGUGUUUGAUUUUUUUUAUUACACAUAUAAGCAUAUGAAUAUAAAUUUUAAUCCAAAAAGUUUAAUAAUUACAUUUAAUGUUUUUUCAAAAAGUUGUAAAAAUAUAAAUACAGAUGUUAUAUAUAUGAUAACAAAUUUAAUAGAACAAAAAAUAAAUUAUUUUAAUCAUGAGGAUUUAAUAAAUAUAUUAGACAGCUAUUCAAAUAUACCUAAUGAAAAAAUAAAAAAAAAUAGUUUAAAUUUUAUAAUACGAUUUUUAUUCAAUAAUAAUAAAAUAAUAUAUUUAAAUGAUAUGCAAAUUAAAAUAUUAUUAAAUUGUCUUGUCAAAAAAAAAAUAUAUAUCAAUGAUGAUGCCAUACAUUAUAUAACAAAUUUUAUUUUAAAUCAUAAGCCUUAUUAUAAAAAUUUAAAAAAUGUGUAUUUAUAUUUAUUUUUUCAUUUCCAUUUUAAUAAAAUAAAUUCACAAUUUUUAAAUUUUUUAUAUCUAUCCAUAAUAACUAAUAAAAAAGGGAUUGACAACUUUGGAGACUUGAAUAAUCUUUUUUCCUCAACCUUAGUUAUUUCAAAAAAUGUAAAACAUCAAAAAAAAAUAAAUAAAAUAAUUAACAUGUCCGCAUUAGAAAACUUAAGAAAUAUUAACAAGAACAUUCGUUCUAUAUUCUUUCUAAACAAUUUAAAAGACAUAAUUAACUUCAUUUUUUAUUUGAAUAAGUCUAUAUCGACUAAUGUAUAUGUAGGCAAUCUACCUCUGCUACAUAACUACAAAAAAUUAAUGCAUGUUAGUAAAAAUUAUCAUAGAAAUACAAAAGGGAAGAACAGAAAAAAAAUUAGCCAAACUAGUAGGAGAGUCUAUUUUUCAAAAAACUGUUUUAAUCAAAACUAUAUAAUAACAACAUCAUUUGAUAUAAAAAUUUUAAUUUAUAUUAAAAAUAUUUUUUUCCAUUUUUUAAACCACCAAAAAAAUAAUAUAAUAAAUAAUGAGGUAUUAUAUUUUUUAGUAAAAGGGGUAACCAAUUUAUAUGAGUUACAAAAAAAAAUAAAUACACACACAAAUAGUAGAUACACAUAUUUUUAUAUACCCCAACAAGGAAUUUGUAAAAAAAAUAAAAUUAUAAAUAACUAUGUCCUAAAGACUAUUCACAAUAUUAAUAUAAAUAUAUUAUCUUUUUUAUCUCAAUCUUCAUAUAAAAUAUAUUUUUUAAAUUCAAUUAUGUUAAAAAAUGGAUACACAUUCGAGCAGCUUGACAAAAAAAAUGAAAUCCUAUCUUAUAUUCAAAAUUAUAUAGAUCAACAAAAAAAUGUAGAAAAUAUUUUAAGAUAUUCUUUUUUUUCUACCUUUUUAAGUUCCUAUCAAAUAAGUGAAAUUUCCAUGAGCAUGUUUUCAGUUACCGUUGGAAAUUAUCAAGCACGUCAAAUCGAAGAAAGAAAAGGCAUAGACAAGUUAGAACACGACCUAAUGAGAGGCAUACUAUCCGGAAUGAAGAACAAAACAGACAAGAGAAAAAAAGAAAAUUUAUUUUCAAUUAUUUAUAAUGAGAGAAAAAGAAAAAAAAAUAAUUUAAAAAAAGUUAUAAAAAACAUGAUAUUAAGUUAUAAAUGUAGUGAAUAUAAUUAUUUAAAAAAAUCUGAAUAUAAAAAAAAUGUAUAUAUAAAUAAAAUAUUAAAAAAUAUAGAGAAAAAAGCUUUAAGAAGAAAAAUUAUUAAAAUAGACAAUCAAUUAAAAUUAAAUAGUGAUUUUAAAAAUGUUAAUAAAUAUAGUAAAUUUUUGAUUUUUAAAUUAUAUAAAAAUAGGAUAAAGGCAACAAAAAAUAAACUCAUAUUAAGGAAUAUUAUUACAACAGUAGGACAUAUAGAUUCGAGUCAAAUUAUUGAAUUACUUAUUAGUAUUCUUACUUUACAUAUUCGAUACAUUUUACGAUAUAUCUCUUACAAAAGUGUGUGUAAUAAUAAUGAAUAUUUAAGUGCAUGUGAAAAAGUAAUAAAAUAUCUGUUAAAUUAUAUGGUUGUAUUAAAAAAACCUCAACCAACUAAUUUGGAUUAUCAUGUAUAUUUAAAAUUAAUUUAUUGUAUAAAUUUAUUGAAAUAUGUAUUCCCCAAAUUAUAUCAAAAUUAUUUUCACAUAUUAAUGUAUUGGAAAAAAAUAAUAAAUAAAAAUUUGUCUAAUGAAAAAACGUUUAGAAAUUAUUUUGAAUAUGCUAGUAGUGGAGAAAUCAAUCCGUUUGAAAAGUUGGCGAUACAGAGUUUGCAAAAAAAUAAUAUAAACAUUUUAUGUAACAAUGAUAUUGUAAAUAAGCCAAUAGGCAAUAAGCCAAUAGACAAUAAACAAGCAGGCAAUAAACAAACAGACAAUAAACAAGCAGACAAUAAACAAGCAGAUAAUAAUCAAAUCAGUUUAAAAAAAAAUAAUCUUGUCAACUUAUUAAAUUACCCAUGUAUAUCUCAAACAAAAUAUAAAUAUAAACUAAGGAGUAAUACCAAUUAUAUAUUUGAAAAUAGUUUUUUUUUUAAACAAGCUAAUAAUUAUAAAAAUAUAACACACCAUAAUAUUUAUGAACAUUAUAGACACCUACAAAACUAUUCAGACAAACUUUAUAAAUAUUUUAUUAAUUUAAAAACAAAAUUAGUAAAAAAAAAACGAAAAAAAAAAAAAUAUACAUUUGUUAAUUCAAAAUUUGUAAAAAAGGGUAGCAAUUUUAAAUUUGUAGUACCUUCAAAUUGUCUUAAUAUAAUUAAUGUAGAAAAAAUUAAUUUAUUUCACAGCCAUUUAAUAAAAGUUGAUAUAAAAAAAAAUAACCAAACCUCAACUAUUAACACAUUUAUAUUUUUUAUAUAUUCAUCCUUUAAUCUAAACACUGUUGUAAAAGCAAGUACAGACUUUGAUCAAACAAAACAUCAAGCUAAUCAGAUUUUCCUUCAGCGUGAUACCUUUUUAUUCUUAUUUUUGACUCGCCUUAUAUUGGAUCGACAGUAUGAUAGGUAUGAAUUCAUUCCCAUACACUCAGAUAGUCUAAACAGUGCUCACCAAAAAAAAAACUUAUACCUCCAUUUACUGAAAAAAUUAUACACAUAA